GGAGGCGCGAGGCGGGCGGGGCCAGGACCUUUUCCACAGAAUGUCUGCGAGUCAAGAGAGCCGUUCCCGAGACAAUGGACCCGACGGUAUGGACCCCGACGGCGUCAUCGAGAGCAACUGGAACGAGAUUGUCGACAGCUUUGACGAUAUGAACCUGUCGGAGUCCCUUCUGCGAGGAAUCUACGCUUACGGUUUUGAGAAACCCUCUGCUAUCCAACAGCGAGCCAUUCUCCCUUGUAUCAAGGGAUACGAUGUGAUCGCCCAAGCCCAGUCUGGCACUGGGAAGACAGCCACCUUUGCCAUCUCCAUCUUGCAGCAGGUUGAGCUGGACCUGAAAGCGACCCAGGCCUUGGUGCUGGCCCCAACUAGGGAGCUGGCUCAGCAGAUCCAGAAGGUGGUAAUGGCUCUUGGCGACUACAUGGGGGCCUCCUGCCACGCUUGCAUAGGAGGGACGAACGUCCGGGCCGAAGUUCAGAAGCUGCAGAUGGAGGCGCCCCAUAUCAUUGUGGGGACUCCCGGGCGGGUCUUCGACAUGUUGAACAGAAGAUACCUUUCACCCAAAUUCAUCAAGAUGUUUGUGCUGGACGAAGCCGAUGAGAUGUUGAGCCGAGGCUUCAAGGACCAGAUUUACGAUAUAU